AUGUCCACUACUGAAUUUGCUCAACUAUUAGAAAACAGUAUUCUAAGCCCCGACCAGAAUGUUCGGUUGACUAGUGAAACUCAAUUAAAGAAAUUAUCGAACGAAAACUUUUUACAGUUUGCUGGGCUUUCCUCGCAAGUACUUAUCGAUGAAAAUACAAAGCUAGAAGGGCGUAUCUUAGCGGCACUAACUUUGAAGAACGAACUAGUUUCCAAGGACUCCAUUAAGACCCAGCAAUUUGCACAACGUUGGAUUACUCAAGUUAGUCCUGAAGCUAAAAAUCAAAUCAAAGCUAAUGCGCUCAAUGCAUUGGUCUCCAUAGAACCUCGUAUAGCAAAUGCCGCAGCUCAAUUGAUUGCAGCUAUAGCAGAUAUCGAGUUGCCCCAUGGCGCAUGGCCAGAGUUGAUGAAAAUCAUGGUCGAUAAUACAGGUGCAGAACAGCCAGAAAAUGUUAAGAGAGCCUCUCUGUUGGCUUUAGGUUACAUGUGUGAGAGCGCGGACCCUCAAAGUCAAGCCUUGGUUUCUUCAUCGAAUAACAUUUUGAUUGCUAUUGUUCAGGGUGCCCAAUCCACAGAAACUUCUAAAGCAGUCAGGUUGGCAGCUCUGAAUGCUCUUGCAGACUCUUUGAUCUUCAUCAAAAAUAACAUGGAACGUGAAGGUGAAAGAAACUACCUUAUGCAAGUUGUUUGUGAAGCUACUCAAGCUGAAGAUAUAGAAGUUCAAGCCGCCGCCUUUGGUUGUCUUUGUAAAAUCAUGUCAUUAUACUAUACAUUUAUGAAGCCCUAUAUGGAGCAAGCUCUGUAUGCAUUGACUAUAGCCACCAUGAAAUCACCAAACGACAAAGUGGCUUCCAUGACGGUCGAAUUCUGGUCCACUAUUUGUGAAGAAGAAAUUGAUAUUGCCUAUGAGCUCGCUCAGUUUCCUCAGUCUCCUUUACAGAGUUAUAAUUUCGCUCUUUCUUCCAUCAAAGAUGUUGUUCCUAACUUACUGAACCUUUUGACAAGGCAGAAUGAAGAUCCAGAAGAUGACGACUGGAACGUCUCCAUGUCUGCGGGUGCUUGCUUACAGCUGUUUGCUCAAAACUGUGGCAAUCACAUUUUGGAAUCAGUGUUGGAAUUUGUUGAACAGAAUAUCAUUGCUGAUAACUGGAGGAAUCGUGAAGCUGCUGUGAUGGCCUUUGGUUCUAUUAUGGAUGGUCCGGACAAGGUUCAAAGAACCUAUUACGUUCACCAAGCUUUACCAUCCAUCUUGAACUUAAUGAACGACCAAUCUUUACAAGUUAAGGAAACUACUGCGUGGUGUAUCGGUAGGAUUGCUGAUUCAGUUGCUGAAUCCAUUGACCCACAACAACACCUACCUGGUGUCGUUCAAGCUUGCUUAAUUGGUUUGCAAGAUCACCCGAAAGUGGCCACAAAUUGCUCUUGGACGAUCAUCAAUUUAGUGGAACAGUUAGCAGAAGCAACGCCAUCUCCAAUUUAUAACUUUUAUCCAGCUCUUGUGGAUGGUUUGAUCAGUGCGGCAAACAGAAUUGAUAAUGAGUUUAAUGCUCGUGCAUCCGCUUUUUCAGCUUUGACAACAAUGGUAGAAUAUGCGACUGACACUGUUGCUGAAACAUCGGCCUCCAUUUCUACAUUUGUUAUGGAUAAGUUAGGACAAACAAUGAGCGUUGAUGAAAAUCAGCUCUCUUUGGAAGACGCGCAAAGUUUACAAGAAUUGCAAUCAAAUAUAUUGACUGUCUUAGCUGCUGUCAUUAGAAAAAGUCCAAGUAGUGUGGAACCCGUUGCUGACAUGCUUAUGGGUCUAUUCUUCAAAUUGCUGGAAAAAAAGGAUUCUGCAUUUAUUGAAGAUGAUGUAUUUUACGCCAUAUCAGCUCUUGCUGCUUCUUUAGGCAAAGGUUUUGAAAAAUAUUUGGAAACCUUCUCUCCCUACUUGUUAAAGGCCUUGAAUCAAGUUGAUUCGCCAGUGUCGAUCACCGCAGUGGGUUUUAUUGCAGAUAUCUCAAAUUCGCUAGAAGAAGAUUUCAGAAAGUAUUCUGAUGCUAUGAUGAAUGUCUUGGCUCAGAUGAUUUCUAAUCCAAAUGCAAGAAGAGAGUUGAAACCUGCUGUUUUGAGUGUUUUUGGUGAUAUUGCUUCCAAUAUAGGUGCCGAUUUCAUUCCCUACCUAAAUGACAUCAUGGCGUUAUGCGUGGCUGCACAGAAUACCAAACCUGAAAAUGGCACAUUGGAAGCCCUUGACUAUCAAAUAAAAGUAUUAGAAGCGGUACUAGAUGCUUAUGUAGGUAUAGUCGCAGGACUUCAUGAUAAACCAGAGGCUCUUUUCCCUUACGUUGGUACUAUUUUCCAAUUCAUUGCACAGGUUGCAGAAGAUCCUCAGUUGUACAGCGAGGAUGCUACCUCGAGGGCAGCAGUCGGAUUGAUUGGUGAUAUAGCUGCUAUGUUUCCAGACGGCUCCAUCAAACAGUUUUAUGGACAAGACUGGGUUAUUGAUUAUAUCAAAAGAACCAGAAGUGGCCAGUUGUUUAGUCAAGCUACAAAAGACACGGCAAGAUGGGCCAGGGAGCAACAAAAGCGUCAAUUAUCUUUAUAA